UUCUGUCAUCUUGUCAUCUCUUCUUCCUUCCUUCCUUCCCACCAACACGUUGUUGCUGUAUCCUCUUCGUCACUCGACCUCCUCCUCAUCCUCAUCUCUCCCGCUGUCACCAUCACUCUCCCUCGUCGCCUACCAUCCACUCCUCAGCAAUGUACCCAACAACCUUACCUCUCAGGCCUCGACCACCCGGUGCUCGCCGAGCGUCCCUCCGAGCAACCGCCGGAGAGGCCUCCCCCCUCCCAGCCAAGCACCCUCUCGACAUGCAUCAAGAGUCACCAGUACCGUCCAAGGGCAAAGGCUAUGACAUGUACACAUCUCCCGUUCAAAGACCUGGCAUGCGCCGUCGUCCAUUGAGCCUCCUGUCCGAGAGCAGUGUCCUCUCGCCACCACCACCUUACGGAGGCGGCCGUGACGUCGCACCGUCCCCAGAAGACAAGGCCUCCCCCAUCGGCAUUCCUCCUCCUCCCCCUGAGUGCCUCGAGUCCGGUCCUUCCUCUGUCCGCAACAGCCUCUUUGAUAACGAAGGCCCCGGUCUUGACGAGGACGAUGGGCAGCCUGGGAACACUCUCACUCUCCGUGGCGUCCAAAAGCUCAUCCGCCAGCAUGAGUUCGAAACCAUGAGCGAUACGCUUCAGGGCCGCUUGCUCGAACUCACGAGCUCCCCCAACGCGACACUCCCCUCUCAUUUUGACCUCGACGCCGACACCUCGCCCAUCGCCUCGCCGUACCGCGUUUCACCGCAGGGACGGAGACUGCGCUCUGUUCCCAGUGACCCUGGACUCGCUUUCUCUCGUCCCAGAUCUCGAGUCGCUACCAACACCGGCGCCCGUGAUCUCCGUCUAGCGGCCGUGCGCGCCGAGGAAGAUGCCGCCACCAUCGCUCAGCUAGAGGCCGCACUGGUCGAGGCUCGCGAAAGCGAAGAGUCCCAGCGAAAGGCCGCCGCUCGUCUUCGGCGUGAUCUCUCGCGCAUGCAACGAAACCUCGAGCAUGCCGAGGGCGUCAUCACGGACCACCAGCGCUACCACCCGUACGAUGAUGACCGUGAUCGCCUGCGUAGCGUUGAGCGCGUCACCCAGUGGGCGUCCUUAUCCACCUCGGGACUGCGGGCUCGUGGCAGCCAUGGCCCACCACUUGAUGACGAUCCUGUUGUUUGGGGCGCAACAGCCUUCCCCGAGUUCCCACGCUACGGCGACACUGCGAGCGAGACAGAAACGGAGACUGAGACGGAGACGGCGGUCGCGCCGGAUCGUGCAAGUGCAGUGCCCACGAUCUCAGCCGCCUCAGACGCUCCACUGCAGACUGAGCCGGUCGCACCACAAGAGGCUUCAUCUGCAAAUUCCACGUCUUCAAAUGAGUCGUCCGAGCCCCCAGCCUCGCCCAUCGUCGUGUUGGAACGCGCGGCGAGACCCCGUCCGUUCAUUACCGCCUCGACGUUCGCCAGCCCGGCCAGAGACGGCGCUGCUGCGCCUCAGGUGACUAUCAAUCCGGCCUCUGUUUCAUCCUCCGCCUAUGGAGCUCCUUUGAGCACUGGACCACGCCGGUCUCGCAGCGUGAGGGCGACAGGGACUGGCAGCACCCUCUUGAGGGAGAGUAUGCGCGUGCGGACCAAGUCAUUUACCUCUGGCUCGCAGCAUCUGUCGAAUCCAGGUCAUGACCUCAAGGCGUCUGACGCGCCGCCGUCGCCCAGCACUGCCAGCCACACGUCAGAGCUCUCCGUCAUCGACAGCGUGCGCUCCAUGUUCUCGGCCGUGGUAGGCCCCCAUUGCUCUCUCGGUAGCGAGCUGGGCAGCGGCUUCCACCCAACGCCAACCAAGAGCAGCCACGAUAUGGGCACAUCCCCUACCCAGGCAAACGCACCAGUCCCGCUCACCCCGAUAAAUAAGGGGCGGCGGCCUGGUCAUGCUCGCUACUCAUCUAGCCCAACGACAAUGUUCCACUUCCGAGGCACACUGGAGUCGCCCUCCCAGCGUAGCGGGUACGACAACGUGUACCCCGGUGCACCGAUUAGAAUGGGCCCUGUUGCAGCCAACUGGUCACCGGAGUCUUGGCCCACGCCUUGCCCCCCACCCCGCGACUCGAUGAGCGAGGUGGACCUCGCCGAGACGAGGCAGAUUCCCCAGCUUAUUACGCCUGAGCCUCGCCACCGCGGUAGAGGUUGGCCGUCACAGCCUGGUGCAGGCCCUAGUCUUACGCCUUCCCCACACUACACCACCGGUCUUGCUCCCUGCACAGAUCCGUGGGACGAGUAUUCAGACCGUCUCACUCCAAGCCCUCGCGUGCGCAACUUGAGACCCCUACUGCUACUUGCCAGACCUUCUGCUCACGCGCGUACCUCAUCGUCUGCGCUGGCAAGAGAUCGCUCUGCAAACAGAGCAGGAUUCAGAUUCUCGCGUGUCCCACCCCAGCCUGUGCCCGAGCCGACCCCGAGCAACGCGGUGGUCGCGUACACCCGCAAUGGCGGCAGAAUUGUGGUAUCGCCAGUCGUCGCACUAGUUCCCCGCAUCCGUCUCCCGGUGACCAUCCCUGGUCGCAUCACGCAUGAUAUGUUCUGCCUCAUCCUCAUCCUCCUCGAUUACCUCGAGUGGUUCAUUAUCCUGCUGUACCGCUUCACGGUCGACCUCCGCGCUGGGCCCGCCGGCGCCGAGACUGCUUUGGGUUUCAAACCUCGCGAGCACCCGCCGCGCUUCUACCUAUAAUCACUCGAAAAGCAGUGUGAUCUACCAGUUCAGCGGCCACACUCCCUCUGCCGCUCCCGUUUAUCCCCGCCCUGUAAAAGGUCCGCGCGCAGUUGCGCGGCACCGCUUCCUAGACACAACGCUUCCUCUGCUCUUUCUCUUCCCAGGCGCUCUAGUGCUGCCGGUAUGCCGGCGACAACUCUCACUGUUGUAUUGUCUCGACUCUUUCCUCGUCGCGUGUACGGCGUGAACACUCUUAGAUAGAUUAUAGUGCGAUGCAGCACCUGAACUGCGUCGCGGG